AUGGCCGUCGUGCUCAGUUCCGAGGAGAAUAGCUACUUCUCCUCGAGCCAGCUGCGACGCUCGCACUCGCAGCCCAAGUUCGUGACGCAGUCUUCGUUCAAGAAUCCGUCCAGGUCGAAAAGCAGCAGCAGCUUCCACAAGAUCAUCUCGCCCUCCGUCUCCGCCGACUCGUCCGCCCCCUCGUCCCCGCGCACCCUGCAUGCCGACUCGUCCGCGCCCUCCUACUCCUCGACCCCCGCGAGCAGCUUGUCCCUGGACCAUCGGUGCGGCGACGAGGACGACGAGGACCAGAUCCUGUUCCCCUCGUACGACCACGUGGGUUAUUACGGACAGGUCGAAGACCUGGAACCCCCGGCCAGCCCCCGGACGGGUGACUCCUACACCGUCUCACCAACUUCCAACAGCAUAUCGACCAAUGUGUCGAGGCCCGAGUCCCCGGAUCCCAUCGGGCAUGCCGAGGAUGAUACCGCGGUGCGGACGCAACCCUCGCGACACGUAGACUACCUCUCGCACAACUGGACGGAGGAGGACAUCUGGUCGUCAUGGAAGCUGAUCGUGUCGAAGCGGAAAGCGUACAAUAACAGCGCCCGGCUCGAGAAUGCUUCCUGGAGAACGUGGACCAAGUCCAAGAACAAACUCAAGACGGUGUCGCCAGAAACGCUCAAUUGGCUCAAGGACUGUGAUGUUACUUGGCUGUACGGUCCGCUCCAGACCAGGUCGGAGAAGACGCAGCAUUUCACCUCCACGUCUCCUGCCGACAGCAGUCGGAUCUCCAAGAGCAACUCAUUCUUGCACAAGAAGCCGAUCUUGAAAAAGCGGAGCAUGUCGGAGAUCAUGCUUCAGAGGUCCUUAUCGUCGUCCUCACUUCUCAAGCAGGCCGCCGCAGCGGUGCAAGCGCAGCAGUCCGGGGAUGGGGGCAUGUCGCGCCCGGCAUUGGGGCGGAGGACUUCCGAAUACACAAAUCCGUUCGCAUCCCGACGGAUGAGCAGAGAGAUGAUUCCGGCCAGCUUGCUCUCUUCCAUCUCGUCAUCGGGACUGGGAACCCCCGGGACUGGCGAAAAGAAACACAUCCAUUUCAAUGAGCAGGUGGAGCAGUGCAUCGCUCUGGAGAUGAAAGGGGAAGACGAGGACCCCGUCUCCUACGCAUUCCACGACGAUGACAGUGACUCGGAUGAUGGAGCAAUCAUGAUGAAGAGCAACACCGGCCGGAAGUUGCCUCCGCUGCAUGGAAAGAGGACGACCCCUGGGCAAAGCUUCACCGCCGAGAGCAAGACCAUUGCUAUGCUACCCUCGACGACGUUGAAAUAUAGGUCGGAUACACCUGAGCCCCCGGAAACAGCCAUGAAGCACAGUAACGGAAUGUGGAAUGGAACGGAACUGUCACCUUCGCCCUCCCUAGAGACCCUGAGACCUUCCAAACCAUCGAUGAGGCUGCUACUCGGAGACGAUGAAGACGAUGACGACAUAGACUGGCAACCACCAUCGCCUGCCUUUGCUAACCGCAAGGAUAGCAUGUCUGUGACGCCGGAACGAUUUCCAAGUCUGCAUACGUCGACUUCGUCGUCAAGCCUGAAUGGAGAGCCAUCCGGAAUGAGACGGACGCCGUCCGGCAUGUUCAUGCCCUACGAGGAAGACGAGGACGACGUCGUUUCCGAGGGCUUGUUCGGAAAAGUUGUCGAUACCGUGAACACGGCGAGGGAUAUUGCGCACGUCAUCUGGAACGUGGGCUGGAGGCGGUAG